AUAAAAUUUUAUUGGAAAAAGCAGAAAGGGAUGUCCUCUCAAGAGAUGAAGUGAUCGCUCAAAUGAGGAUCAAGCUAUUGGAAGUCGAGAAAUAUAAUACUCAAAAAUCAGACGAAUCUAAAGCUCUCGAUGCAGCUAAACUCAACCUUAUAUCACUCAAUAAGUGCUUGGAAACUAAAGAAGAUACAAUUUCCGAAUUACGUGGUCUAUUGUUGGAAGCAAAUAGAACUGCCAACUUGAAAAGUGAAGAAUAUCAAGACGCCGUUUCCAAACUAAACAGAGAAAUCUCUCAUCGGAAAUCACUCGAUUUCUCAAAGAAUUGUGAGGUUUCCAGAGAUAUAGCCCCUUUCAACCAAAUAAACCUUGACUUGGAAGAGACUAUUUCACACCAAAAGCGAAUGAUUGGAUCUUUAACUGAUCAACUUAACGAUGCUCAUAAACAACUGGAAGUGCUUCGAACCCAAUAUAAACAAAGAAUUGAGGACAGUGAAAGUCACGUGACGGAUUUGAAAGAAAAACGGACCCAGGACAUGAAAAAAGUGAAGAAUAUUUUACAAAAAGUUAAAAUCGAUGUGAAGAAAAAGAACGAAUUAAUUGCAUCUUUGACUGAUGGGCAAACGAGAAAUGUUUCACAAGAGGAAAUUCUCAAGAAAGAAAUUGCCGAUUUAAAGUCACAAAUUUGCAAAACUAAUGACGACAAUUCUGAAAAAUUGAAAUCGACUUCAAAACUUCUUUUUGAUGUCAAAAAACAAAACAAAGCUCAAGAAAUCAUAAUUCAAGAAAAUUGUAAUGAGAAAGAACGGCACGUUGAUGCGAAUAGUAUUAACAUUAUACUUAUGACGUCAUUUGGUCGAGGAAGUCAAAAUAUGACAGAAGAUGAUUACAGGGAAGAAAAUCGUAUAUUAAAAUCAAAAGUAAGUAAUAUAUCAAAAUAUUAG